CUUCCUCAAGGGUCUCUGAUCCCAUCUCCAAAACCCUCCAAAAACCCUAACCCUAAAACACCCAAAUCGCUCUCCAACUCCCUCAGGCCAACCCUCAAUUCCCCAAAUUACCCCCCACUUUCCCACCACCCAAACACUUCCGAUUCCGGCCUCCUUUUCCGCGAAAAGGUCCUCUACUUAGAAACCCACCUCAACGUCAAUUCCCAAAAAGCCCUCCAACUCAACCCAGAUUUCCGCUCCUGCCCUAUAUCCUCCCUCAAGUCCGUUGAGAACUGCCUCUCCUCCAUGGGCAUCGAGCGCUCAGCCUUCGGUCGGAUCCUCGACAUGUACCCGCAACUCCUCACUGUGGACCCGCACACCCAUCUCUAUCCAAUCUUCGAUUUUCUACUCAACGAGGUCCUAAUCCCCUUCCCCGAUAUACGAAAGUCCAUAAUUCGGUGCCCUAGACUCCUGGUCUGCGACGUAGACGACCAACUGCGGCCCGCAUUGAAGUUCUUGACCGAAUUGGGGUUCGUGGGUCGGAGUUCGAUCACGUGCCAUACGACAUUGCUGUUGGUUUCGAGCGUUGAAGGUACCCUUUUGCCCAAGAUUCAGUAUUUGCAGAGCUUGGGGCUUAGCUAUGAGGAGGUGGUCAACAUGGUGAUAAGGUCACCUGGGUUGUUGACUUUUAGCAUAAAUAAAAAUUACAAGCCUAAAGUUGAGUUCCUUUUGAAGGAAAUGAAGAAAGAUAUUGCAGAGCUGAAGAGGUUUCCUCAGUACUUUUCGUUUAGCUUGGAGGGCAAGAUUAAGCCCAGGCAUAGAUUGUUAGUUGAGCACGGCUUUUCUCUUCCGUUGCGGGAGAUGCUGAAGGUCAGUGAUGGGGAGUUUAAUGUUCGGUUGAUUGAGAUGCGAUUGGGGUCGGUCGAGGGAAGCUGGUUGUAAUCCGACCUUACUUGCUUGUAACUUGAAUUUUGUAUAUGAAAUUGAUAGCCAAUUGUGUUGAUUUUAAGGUGUUGUAUGGUUACUCUGUAGUGGCCUAAGUUUUCUGUGGCAAGCUUGAAUGUUAAGUUUGUCAUAUUUACAUGAGGCAUAGUGUGGAUUGUCGAAAGGAAAAUUGGUACUAGCUAGAAUGGUAUAUUAUGUCU